AUGUAACGUGAAAAAAGCUGGGGAUUUUUUAGUGAUACCUUACCCAAAAAAUAAGCCUAAAAACAAAGCAAAAGCAUAGGGGAUCACGAAAUAUAGCCAAAGCCACUCUUCUUUCUUUGGUACUUAUUCUCCAAAUUUGAGAUCUGCUAAGCUUGUAUUCGAAGCUGAUCGGACGAAAUAGCACCACCAAAUCGUCACGACCUUGCAAAGCCCGUCCACUCCAACUAAAAUUAAAAUAAACUCGGUGCUUACAAAUUUUUGCUAAAAUGGGUGAUAGCAAUUCUCCUCCUGAGUCUCCUAAAGAAACCCCAGAACAUGUCUCUGAUUCAAACCAAGUUGCUAAAGAUGAUAGUGAAUUGGAAAAUAUCGUUAGAAAGUUCCAAGACACAAUGUCUGUUAGCAAGAGACACAAGUUUUGGGAAACCCAACCUGUUGGGCAAUUCAAGGAUAAGGAGGAUACUAGUUUGCCUGAGGGUCCUAUUGAGCCUCCAACACCAUUACCUGAGGUCAAACAAGAGCCUUACAAUCUGCCUAGUCAAUAUGAAUGGACUACAUGUGACAUGGACUCCGAAGAGACUUGCAAUGAGGUGUAUGUUCUUUUGAAGAAUAAUUACGUUGAGGAUGAUGAGAACAUGUUUAGAUUCAACUAUUCGAAGGAGUUCGUUAGGUGGGCUUUGCGCCCUCCGGGUUUCUACAGGAGCUGGCACAUUGGUGUACGUGCGAAGGCUUCAAAGAAGCUUGUUGCUUUUAUUACUGGAGUUCCUGCUAGGAUCCGGGUUCGGGAUGAGGUUGUAAAAAUGGCUGAGAUUAACUUCUUGUGUGUUCAUAAGAAGCUCAGGUCGAAGAGACUUGCCCCUGUCAUGAUCAAGGAGGUUACACGGAGGGUUCACUUGGAGAAUAUAUGGCAGGCAGCAUACACUGCUGGAGUGGUUCUUCCAACUCCCAUAACAACUUGCCAGUACUGGCAUAGGUCUCUCAAUCCAAAGAAGCUUAUUGAUGUUGGGUUCUCAAGGCUUGGUGCGAGGAUGACCAUGAGCCGAACUGUAAAGCUAUACAAGUUACCAGAUUCUUCAGCUACUCCUGGAUUCAGAAAGAUGGAACUUCGCGAUGUUCCUGCAGUAACCCGGUUGCUUAGAAACUACUUGAGGCAGUUUGUUGUCGCACCGGAUUUUGAUGAAGAUGAUGUUGAGCACUGGCUUCUUCCAACUGAGGGUGUAGUGGAUAGUUUCCUGGUCGAGAGCCCAGAGACACAUGAGAUCACUGACUUCUGCAGCUUCUACACUCUUCCUUCAUCUAUCCUUGGCAAUCAAACUUACUCAACUUUGAAAGCUGCUUACUCGUAUUAUAAUGUGGCUACUAAAACUCCAUUGCUUCAGUUGAUGAAUGAUGCUCUUAUUGUAGCAAAACAGAAGGAUUUUGAUGUUUUCAAUGCUUUAGAUGUCAUGGAGAAUGACUCGUUCUUGAAGGAGCUAAAAUUCGGACCAGGUGAUGGGCAACUUCACUAUUAUCUUUAUAACUAUAGGGUGAAGCAAGAGCUGAAGCCGUCAGAGCUUGGUCUUGUUCUCUUGUAGUUUGGCAUUAGUUUUGGGUGGUUUCAGCUUUGCAUUUGAACUAAAACAAACUGUUUGUCUGUUUUAGUGGCGUUGGUAUUCUUGUCUUGUUUUCUUUGCAACAACAAAGGAUGAGAUUCUUCUUUUAAAUUGGUUUUCUUCUAUGCAUGGUGAGAGAGCGAAUGUGUUGAGAUGGCUUUUAUUAGAGGCAACAAGACCUUGUUUGUUGACCACGCUAAUGGAACCAUGAUGUUUAUCUGGGAUCAGAAAACUGAUCGAACUGAUAUAUUGGCUGAAAUUAUGCAUAAUUUUCCUUUUCA